AACUUCCGCUUCCGAGUCGCACGCAGCCCCGCCCCCCUUUGCCAUGGCAAACAUGGCGGCCGGCCCACUGUGGCGGCGAUGCCUGAGGUGGACCGUCAGCCGCGCCGCUGCGAGUUUACGGGAGGCCGAGUGGCACUUGUUCCGGCUCAGGUCCGCGUCCGGGGCCGCCGCGUCUCCAGGGCGGGCGUCCUGCAAGCGGUGGCGGCCUGACGAGCUGCCAUAUUUACAAUUAAACAAGAAGAUCCUCCAGAGGUCAACGUGCACAUCUCUCGCCAGACACAAGUAUCCGAGGUGUUCCUGUCGGACGAUUCACAGCGAUGCCAAACCCAAAGACCCCUUCACGCUCGCCCAGAAAGACUUGAAGAGUUUAUACGAUGACAUCAAAAAGGAGCUUUUUGUGUCCAAAGAAGAGCUCAAGUCUUUGUGCGAUUACUACUUUGACGGGAAGGGCAAAGCCAUUCGACCGAUGAUCGUGAUCCUGAUGGCGCGCGCCCUCAACAUACACAGCAACCGAGCGGGGGAGUUGCUCCCCGGCCAGCGCGCCGUGGCCAUGAUCUCGGAGAUGAUCCACACGGCCAGCCUGGUGCACGACGACGUCAUCGAUGGCUCGGACGAGAGGCGAGGGAAGCGGACCAUCAACCACAUGUGGGGCGAAAGGAAGGCCAUCUUGGUGGGAGACUUCAUCUUGUCGGCCGCCUCCACGGCGCUGGCUCGCAUUGGUGACAUCGCCGUCGUCAAAGUGCUGGCGCAGGUCACCGAGGACCUCGUCAGAGGCGAGUUCAUGCAGCUGGGCUCCAAGGAGAACGAGAGCGAGCGCUUCAAGCACUACUUGGACAAAACCUUCAAGAAGACGGCCAGCCUCAUCGCCAACAGUUGCAAAGCAGUAUGUACGUUCUGUCUGCACAACGCCCCAGACAGCGGGCAGACGGACCGACACGCCGCCGAGCGAUUGCCCGUCUGUGUCCUUUUCACACCUUGUUUCAUUUUCUCCUGCCAGGUGUCCAUUUUGGUCAGUUCAGACCCGGACAUUCAUGAGAUCGCGUUCCAGUACGGCAGGAACGUCGGCAUCGCCUUUCAGCUGGUGGAUGACGUACUGGACUUCACGGCGGGCGCCAGCCAGCUGGGCAAACCGUCGGCCGCCGACCUCAAGUUGGGCUUGGCCACGGGACCCGUCUUGUUCGCCUGCCAGCAGUUUCCGGAGCUGCACGCCAUGAUCAUGAGACGCUUCAGCUCCAAAGGGGACGUCGACCGGGCAUGGGGCUACGUCAUACAGAGUGACGGCGUGGAGCAGACCAACUUCCUGGCGCGCCGUUACUGCCAGGAGGCCGUCCGACACGUCAGCAGGCUACGACCGUCGGCCGAGAGGGACGCCCUCAUCGCGCUCACUCACAUGGUGCUCGCCCGGGACAAGUAACGUGUCCGCCACGGUGGAUUAACUUCGAAACUCCGCCAAUGACGUCUCUUUCUACCUCGACACAAAAAGCGAGUAGCGUCACACAAUUGACAGUUUAUUAGGUACCCUCAUAUACGGUGCUGUAUGCAGCGGCGGUAAUUAUUCGGGACGCCACUAUUACCGGCUUACCUCACCAAUUGGCAAUUGCACGGAACUCCAGACAUGACAUUUGUAUUUGUGGCCACAAUAGAUAUAAAGUGUGCAAAAAAAAUAAUAAAAUUCCAAAGUGUGACCACCAAACACUAAAUUGUUGCUACAAAUAGCAUUUCGUAGCUACUUUGCUAAAUUGUGCCACAUGUAGCUUGCAUUGUGCACAAAAUUCUAAUUUGUUGAUUUAACAUCAUUCCUAUGCACAACUUGGACGUCUGGGUCAGCAAAUGGAGCGCAAUCUUGCCAGAACCCUCUUCCUCUACCUUACCUUUCUAGAGAAAGUCCAGGAAUGAUAUUCGUGUAUUUAGUGCACACAUUACAUCUAUUUCAUGGCCAAAAAUGUGUGUUGAUGGUUAUUUAAAUGCUCCGCAUGGAAUCAGUGAAAUGAUGGCAAAGCACUGAGCUAAGUAUGUCGCUACGUACUGUAACGGUAACGCAAAUGUGUGUACUGUGUAGUCAUUCCUUGCCCGGAUCCGUCCGCAAUUGAAAUCUUACAGUGUAACAAUGACGGCCUUAACAUCUGCAACCACUGCUCAAUAAACACAUUUAGUUUUUUCUUUUUUAAUUUCAAAACAUC